AUGCUCUACGCCUCUGGCCGCUUCUUAGCGGCCAGGGCGGCCACCACACUUCCCGCCCCGCCCAGAGCCCGGGCCGUGGUGCUCCGCGGUAAGCGGAGGGAACUACAAAUCCCAGGGCACCUCGAGGCACCCUGCUAUGACUCCUUGACGGGGCAGCGGACAAGACCCAGCGCGCCUCCAGUCCGCAGGGUGCUCCUUAGAAAGGGGAGGAUGCCGCCGGCCCUAGGCGGUGGCCUAGCGGGCUCCGAGCUGCGUCCCCGGAGGGGCCGCUGCGCGCAGCAGGCUGCCAGGGCCGUGGGCCGGGACGUGGUCCCCAAAGUUGCAACACGGACCCUUAAACGGCCCGUUUGGAGCUCGCGGAGCUUCGAGGCCGCAGGCCGGUGGGCCACGCUGGCUGUGGUGACGCUGCUGUCCUUUGCCACCCGCUUUCACCGACUGGACCAGCCGGCGCACAUCUGUUGGGAUGAGACUCACUUUGGAAAAAUGGGAAGUUACUAUAUUAACCGCACCUUUUUCUUUGAUGUACACCCACCUCUGGGAAAGAUGCUGAUCGGUCUUGCUGGUUACCUGAGUGGAUAUGAUGGUACCUUUUUAUUCCAGAAGCCUGGAGACAGUUACGGGCACCACAGCUACAUGGGAAUGCGAGGAUUCUGUGCUUUCCUGGGCUCCUGGCUGAUCCCCUUCGCCUACCUCACUGUACUAGAUCUGUCCAAGUCCUUCUCAGCUGCACUGCUCACUGCUGCCCUUCUUACCUUCGAUACAGGAUGCCUCACUCUGUCCCAGUACAUCCUGCUUGACCCUAUCCUGAUGUUCUUCAUCAUGGCUGCCAUGCUGUGCAUGGUCAAGUACAACUCCUGCGCUGACAGGCCCUUCUCUGCCCCCUGGUGGUUCUGGCUCAGCCUGACUGGCAUUAGUCUCGCUGGUGCUUUAGGGGUCAAGUUUGUUGGCCUCUUUAUCAUCGUGCAAGUGGGACUGAACACCAUUUCAGACCUUUGGCACCUGUUUGGAGACCUCAGUCUUUCACUGGUGACUGUAGGGAAGCACCUGACUGCUCGAAUCCUGUGCCUCAUAGUGCUGCCUUUGGUGCUCUAUGUGACCAUUUUUGCUGUUCAUGUCAUGGUGCUGAAUAAAAGUGGUCCUGGUGAUGGCUUCUUCAGUUCUGCCUUUCAAGCCCGGCUUUCAGGAAAUAGCCUUCACAAUGCUUCUAUCCCUGAAUACCUGGCUUAUGGCUCUGUGAUCACUGUGAAGAAUCUCCGGAUGGCCAUUGGCUACCUGCACUCCCAUAGGCACCUCUACCCUGAGGGCAUUGGGGCUCGCCAGCAGCAGGUUACCACCUAUUUGCAUAAGGACUACAACAACCUGUGGAUUAUCAAGAAACAUAAUACAAACUCAGAUCCCCUAGACCCUUCAUUCCCAGUGGAGUUCGUCCGACAUGGAGACAUCAUUCGACUAGAACACAAAGAAACUACUCGGAACCUGCAUAGUCACCUUCACGAAGCCCCACUGACCCGGAAGCACUUUCAAGUCACUGGCUAUGGCAUAAAUGGGACAGGGGACUCAAAUGAUUUCUGGCGGAUUGAAGUUGUAAAUAGAAAAUUUGGGAACCGGAUCAAGGUACUGAGAAGUCGAAUUCGCCUCAUCCAUUUGGUCACAGGUUGUGUCCUUGGAUCUUCAGGAAAGAUUCUGCCCAGGUGGGGCUGGGAGCAGUUGGAAGUUACUUGCACUCCGUACCAAAAAGAAACUGCUAACUCCAUUUGGAAUAUAGAAGACCAUAUUAAUCCCAAACUGCCAAACAUCAGCCUGGAUGUGCUGCAGCCUAGUUUUCCUGAGAUUCUGCUGGAGUCCCACAUGGUCAUGAUCCGGGGAAACAAUGGCCUCAAACCCAAGGACAAUGAGUUCACAUCCAAACCCUGGCACUGGCCUAUCAAUUAUCAGGGCCUGCGCUUCUCAGGGGCCAAUGACACGGACUUCCGAGUCUAUCUGCUUGGCAACCCUGUGGUCUGGUGGCUGAAUCUGGUGAGCAUUGUCCUCUACCUCCUUUCGGGGAGCACCAUUGCCAUCGCUCUGAAGAGAGGGGUACAGCUGCCUGCGGAGUUGGAAGGGCUGACCAGGGUGCUGCUGCGAGGAGGCGGCCAGCUGCUGCUGGGCUGGAUGCUCCAUUACUUCCCUUUCUUCCUGAUGGGCCGGAUCCUCUAUUUCCACCACUACUUCCCAGCCAUGCUCUUUUCCAGCAUGUUGACAGGUGUCCUAUGGGAUACCCUCCUGCGGCUCUGUGCCUGGGGCUUGGCCUCUUUUCCCCUGGGUAGCAGAAUACAUGUGGUGGGAAUCCUGAGCCUGCUUCUGGCAGCUGCCUACAGCUUCUACCUCUUCCACCCUCUGGCUUAUGGGAUGGUUGGUCCCCUAGCCCAGGAACCUGAGAGUCCAAUGGCAGGACUAAAGUGGCUGGAAUCAUGGGACUUUUGAGGCCACUGUCAGGACCCCAGCCUGGAUCCGGGUAUUGUCCAGGGACACCCAGCUAUGAAGCCAGAUCCUGGACCCUUCCAACUUCAAGGGAGCUGCCUGAGGAGCCCAAUGCAUUCUGCUGCCCCCAGGACUAAACUCUGGGAAACAGACCUGGAUUUAAUGCAACACUAAAAAGAGCCACAACCCUGUGUACAGCACCUACACAGUGCACUUGACCUACAGCACUUCUUGGUGCCAGUUCCCUCUCCUGUGAAACACAAGCAAAGUAGGUGUGAGUGUGGAAGGGCACAUGUGUGCAAUACCCUUGGAGUGUAGACCACGUAACUGUGGCAGCCAACUUUCAUAAAUUCCAAGAAAUGGUCCAAGGUUAACAGGAUAUUCUCUGGUAUCUUUUCACACUGGAUUUGUUUUCAUUUAGGUUCAUAAGAUCAUAAGAAAAUGUCUGAUCUCCAGGAGGGCUGAGAGUGCUGUCCUACCCCUCAUGGCGUUACAGAGGCGCAACAGAUGGACUGUCAAACUCACCCUUGUUCCACUAGGCUAGCAGAGCACCCAGGCUUUCGGGCUGGCCCUCUGAUACUGCCCCCGAUGUCUCCUGUAGAUACAGUCCUACCUGUUGUGUGUACAGUGUGUACACUGGGUUCCAGGGCACAAGCUGGCAGAGAAUUUGCCAGUCUGUGGCUGGCCGCCUUUAGAUUUUUGGGUCCCUAUUCUGUGAACUGGGUGGGUGGAACCCACAUCUUGUCUGCUAUGUGCCUAGAGUCUGACUCUCACUGUCCAUCCCUUUUUCUCUACAUCUGCCUGGCCCUGAUGACAGAGCCCUGCUGGCUGCAGCUGAAUCAAAGCAAAGAUCUGUGGGGCUGAGCAUCUGCUGAGAUGCUGGGAGAAGGGACACUCGACCUGUUUGGGCUCCUGUCCCUGUUCUUUGCCUGGCAUCCCUGUUCUCACAUUUCCAGACCUCCCUGAUAAUACCCUCUUUUGCUUUGUUGUCAUUUCCCUUCCUUUUUGGCACUGCCUUAUUAUGUCUUUUUUUUUUUUUUUACAAAGACCCAGAGCACCUGAAAACGCAUGAUAGCUUCUACUAUCCAUCACUUUAAGCUCAGAACUGUUCCUUCCAUCUCCUUACCCAAAGGGAGUAAGAAAAUUUGGUCAGAACCAAACCAACUGAAGUCUGACCCUUUAGUCUGCCUUCUUUCUUUCAGUUCAGAACAAAAUAUUUAUUUGAUCCCAAAAGAUUUUGAUAUGUCAGGGUUUAAUGAUGAAUUUGCCACACUCCAUCUUCCCUCCACCGUAGCUCUCAGCGACUCUGACAGGGUCAGACCUCUAAAGCAUCUUCAGGAGGUGGUUGCCACGGAGACUGGAAAUUAGUCUCGGGGACAGUCUGUGCUACCUACAGAGUGGUGGAGAGGAAAGCUUCUGGGCCAUGCUUGGAUGUUCAGCUGGAGCAUCAUUAAUGUUAGUAGAGGAAAUGUAGUCCUGUCAAGAGGAAGGCAGGGUGGCUAAUUAGAUCUGAGGCCCACUGACCAUCCUCUCCCAUGGCUGCAGCCCUUUUGACUUUUACCCCCUUCCCCCAGCAGGAAGUGUGGCUUGUGUACAGUCUGAGUGCCCACUUAAUUGCAUUUAUGGCAGGGACUGGGGAGUUCUGCUCCCAUUGCCCUUCCUGACCCUUGCUUUCAGGCCCAGGCAAAGCUGGUUUCUUCUGAACACAGUAGGGUACCAUCUUGGCAGAUUUUCCUGGAGAAAGGGGAUGUAGGAAUGUGUACUUGGCUCUUAACAAGGUGGCCCAUGGGACAUCUAACAGGUGGCUGAAUUUUUGUUUUGUUUUUUUCUUUUGAUUUUUUGAGACAGGGUUUCUCUGUGUAGCCUUGGCUCUCCUGGACUCACUUUGUAGACCAGGCUGAUCUGGAGUUCACAAAGAUCCACCUGCCUCUGCCUCCCUGAGUGUUGGGAUUACAGGCACACCACAUCCAGCUGAUUUUUUUCUUGUGCCUUAUUUCUGGAGGCACUCGUUAGAGGGAAGGAAUCUUAGAGUAACCAGGGGCCAGUGUUCGAGAGCCAGAGUAUGUAGGAGAGUUCAGCGGGCUCCUACGUGCUCUCCCCCAAUGUCACCCUGAAGAUAGAAAGGGUCUCUUCUUAUUUCCAAGUAUGGGAUGAAGGGUGCUCCCAACUCACUCCCUCUUCUUCCAUACCCAAACUGGAAGAUACUUCAAUGGGAAAAGGCCAUUUGUAUCACUAAGCACUUGGGUUCUAUUUGGAAGAUGGAGGAGCACUGGGUGCUGCUUUGCAUGUGGGCUGCAGCCCUCAGAAACUGACAGAGAUGUGGUACAUCUCACAUGGCUGGUACAGAGGAAGAUGCACCAGGCAGCCUAACGCAGCCAGUGUCUUGACUCACUACACUUUGUUUUUUUAAGUUCCAGGAAUAAUCAGAGACCAUUACUUUUGUAAUAAAUAGCUCUUGUUUUCAACACUA